GAAAGGCGUUCACACGGAAGAUCACGGGAUAAUCUUGGCACCGUAGCAUUUACCCUGCAACGAGGGUAGUGCUAGCCACGAAAUUCAACAAUGGUUUUUGAAUCUAUGGUCAGUGAUCUCCUGAAUAGGUUCAUCGGAGACUAUGUGGAAAACCUCGACAAGUCCCAGUUGAAGAUUGGCAUUUGGGGAGGUAAUGUUGUUCUUGAAAACCUGAAAGUUAAAGAAAAUGCGUUGAGUGAGCUGGAUGUUCCGUUUAAAGUGAAAGCUGGGCAGAUCGGAAAACUGACAUUGAAGAUCCCUUGGAAGAACCUGUACAACGAUGCUGUAGUUGCUACGUUAGAUGGUCUGUAUCUGCUGGUGGUUCCUGGAACGACGAUAAAGUACGACGCGGCGAAGGAGGAGCGUUACCAGCAGGAGGCCAAGCAGAAGGAGCUGCAGCGCAUUGAAGAGGCGCUUCUGAUGGCUGCUCGCAGAGACUCUCAGACGGGAGAGCUGGUGUUUAAUCUGGAAAGUCUUGUGUACAAGGACCCUCAGCAUGGAUUUAAGAGUAGAAAACAGAAAAAAGGCUUCAGGAGUCUAAAGUCUUUAAAACGCCGUGAAAACAAACAGGAAAAGCCUCAGCAGGAUGAGAAAAAGGAUACGUUUGCCGAGAAGCUGGCCACGCAAGUCAUCAAGAACCUGCAAGUGAAGAUCACCAGCAUCCAUAUCCGAUAUGAGGACGAUAUAUCAGACCCCCAGCAGCCCCUCUCCAUGGGAGUCACCCUGGCUGAGCUGAGUCUACAGACAACCGAUGAGAACUGGAAGGUGUGUAUACUGAACGAGGCAGCCAAAAUCAUCUACAAGCUGGGCCGGUUAGAAUGUCUGUGUGCUUACUGGAACGUCAACAGUCCCGUCUUCUAUAAAGGCUCCUGGGAAGAGAUAGUGGAAAAGCUGAAGGCUGGCAUCAGUACCAAGGACCAAGAGCUCAAAGACUACCAAUAUAUUUUCAAACCCAUCUUUGCCUCUGCUAAAAUGGUUAUCAACCCUAAUGCUGAGAUUGAGCUGAAGUCCCCCAAAGCCAACCUGUAUCUGGAGGUUCAGAAUGUAGCAAUAGAGAUUACCAAACCACAGUACCUAACCAUGGUGGACCUGCUAGAGUCUAUAGACUGUAUGGUUAAGAAUGGACCCUACAGGAAGUUCAGACCUGAUGUACCUGUACACACAAAUGCCAAGCACUGGUGGAAGUACGGUGUGAACAGUGUUCUGGACGUCCAUAUCAGACGCUUCAAUCAGAUGUGGUCCUGGUCCAACAUCAGGAAGCACCGCCACACUCUGAAGGCCUACAGGGCAGCCUACAAGAGCAAACUACUGGCCACGCAGGGUAAACUCAAAGAGGACCAGGAGAAACAGAUCCAGGACCUGGAGAAGAGCCUGGAUGUUUUCAACAUCACCUUAGCCCGGCAACAAGCACAGAUAGAGGUGAUCCGGUCAGGCCAGAAGGUGGUAACUAAGAAGGUGGCGGCGGGCCAGAAGCAGGGAGGAGGAGGAGGAGGAGGAGGAGGAGGAGGAGGGGGGUUUUUCAGCAGCUUCUUUGGAAGGAAGGAAAUGAAGAUGAAAAAACAGGAACAGGAACAGGACACCAAGGAGGAGGAGGGCUUUGAAGAGUUGAUGUCUGCUGAUGAGAAGACUAAACUCUACACGGCCAUCGGAUACAGUGGUAGUUCUCACAACCUGGCCUUACCCAAGCAGUACGUGGCAGUGAUGGUGACCUUCAAGCUGUUCCGUACGUCCAUCACGGUGAGGGAGGAGCCCAACGUACCAGAGAUCCUGAAGGUCCAGAUGAUUGACCUCAGCAGCACCGUCUCCCAGAGACCCGGGGCUCAGGCCAUCAGGGUGGAGGCAGCGUUAGAGCACUGGUACGUGACAGGGUUGGAGCAGCAGGGAGCUGUCCCAUCUCUCAUAGCGUCAGUAGGGGACUCCAGCUCCUCUCUGCUCUCCAUCCUGUUUGAAGUCAACCCAGAGGACAGCACUGCAGACCAGCUGCUCAGAGUCCAAUCUCAGCCUGUAGAGAUCAUCUACGACUCAUUGACAGUGAACAGCGUGGCGGAGUUCUUUCAGACAGGGAAGGGAGUGGAUCUGGAGGUGUUGACUUCAGCUACUCUCUCCAAGCUGGAGGAGAUCAAGGAGAAGACAGCCACUGGUCUGUCUCACAUCAUUGAAACCCGUAAGAUUCUGGACCUGAAGAUUGACCUAAAGCCUUCAUACCUGCUGGUGCCCAAGUCUGGCUUCUACCACGCCAAGUCUGACCUGAUGAUCAUAGACUUUGGUAGUCUACAGCUGAUGAGUGUGGACCAGGGGAACCACCAGCCUUUAUCACCCAGUUUCAGUUCCCUGGAGGAUAUUAUGGACCGUGCCUACGAGAGGUACUCACUGGAGCUACGCAGUGUCCAGGUCCUCUACAGCAAGUCAGGUGAGGAGUGGAAGACAGCCCGUCAACAUGGUUCCUCUAUACAACACAUCCUGCAGCCCAUGGAUGUCAACCUCCAGCUGGCCAAAUGCAUGGUGGAGAAGGACACCAGAAUGGCCAGAUUCAAGGUGUCUGGAGAACUGCCUCUCCUCCAUGUGAAGAUCUCAGACCAGAAGAUCCAGGGAGUGUUGGACCUGGUCUACAGCAUCCCCCUGCCCCAGAGUGGUUCCACCCCUUCCACCCCCACCCAGAAGAUGCUGUGUUUGUCUGAGGCCAGGCCCAAAGUCCUGGGUUUAAAAACCCCAGUGCUGCUAGAUGGAUUAGAGACAGGCUCAGAUGGUGAGUCAUAUUAUAUGUCUGUGGAUGAGGAACACCAACCCUCUGCCACAGAGGAGCUGACUGACGUGCAGUUCAAGUUUGAAGUCAAAGCGGUGCUGUUGGAGUUGACGCGUCAGGCUGACCAGGAGAAGACGCUGUUGGUCCUUAGUGUGUCUCAGCUGGGAGCAGAGGGCAAGAUGAGAACCUAUGACCUCACCAUCACAUCCUACCUCCGUAGAGUAGGCCUGGACUACUGUGAGAUCAGAGACUCCAAUAACCAGCCUCUGCACCUGGUCAGCUCCUCAGACGAGCACGGCUCAGACCUGCUCAAGGUGGAGUACACCAAAGCUGAUAUCAACGGGCCAAACUUCCAAAGCAUGUUUGACAACACCGAGCAAAACCUGAAGGUGGAGUUGUCCUCUCUAGACUUUCUCCUCCACACCAAAGCGCUCCUCUCCACCAUCAACUAUCUGAACACAGCCGUACCCCAGGGGCUGACAGCCUCCAAGGACAGAGAGGCCAAGAGACAGGUGGAGAAGACAGGACAGGGAAAGACAGUGUCGAAAGGAGCAAAACACGUCAAUGUGUUCAACUUCAAACUGUUUGCUAUGCUGGGUUCAUUCCAUGUGGAGGUCUGUGAUGACCGGCAGAACAUCGCUGACAUCAGAAUACAAGGUAUCGAUGCGUCGGUCCUGGUCCAGGCCAAAGAGACAGCCGUGUUCGCCAGGCUCAGGGACAUAGUUGUGAUGGACGUCGACCCCAAAACUAUCCACAAAAAGGCGGUCUCCAUCGUGGGUGAGGAGGUGUUCAGCUUUAAGAUGUCCCUGUACCCCAGCGCUACGGAGGGAGAGGGCUAUUCGGACACCUCCAAGGUGGACGGGAAGGUCACCAUGAGGCUGGGCUGCAUCCAGAUCGUCUAUCUGCACAAGUUCCUCAUGUCUCUACUGACGUUUCUGGACAACUUCCAGACAGCCAAAGAGGCGGUUAGUGCGGCCACGGCCCAGGCAGCAGAGAAGGCAGCCUCCAGCAUCAGGGACUUUGCCCAGAAGAGCUUCCGUCUCUCCAUGGACAUCAAGCUGAAGGCCCCUCUCAUCAUCAUCCCUCAGUCCUCCACCUCCCACAAUGCACUGGAGGUGGACCUGGGGCUCAUCACCGUGGGCAACAGUUUCAGUCUGAUGUCUGCCGAAGGGUUCCCGCUCCCCGUUGUGUUGGAUACGAUGGAUGUCAAGCUCACUCGGCUCAAACUGUCCAGGACCACGCUGAAACAAGGCUCCCCACAGCCAGACAUUGAGAUCCUUCAGCCAAUCAACUUAGAGCUGCUGGUCAAACGGAACCUGGCCUCUUCCUGGUACAACAAGAUCCCCGGAGUAGAGGUCCAAGGAAUGCUCAAGUCUAUGAAUAUGGUUCUUGGUCAGGAGGACUUUGGUGUUCUGAUGAAGAUACUGGUGGAGAACAUCAGAGAGGGGAGCAGGGAGCACAUCAUGGAUGUCAAGAAACAAGUAGCCCAAGACAAGGCAGAGCUGGCUGAGCAGCACCAGCUGGAGGUGAUGUCUCUACCUGUGGAGGCUGGAGGAGGAGGACAGUCUGCUGCUAUCACCAAUGGAGGAGGACUGGGGGAAAACAUAGUCAAUAUGCUGCUCAACCUGGAGGUUAAAGAGGUGGUUCUGAAGCUGAAGAAGUCCAGGUCAGACCGGAAGGAGAGUCCGUUCCUGGUUCUCCACGUCGCCCAGCUGGGCAUCCACACCAAUGUCAGGAAGUAUGACAUGGUGGCCACAACGUACAUCAAGAAGAUCUCCAUGAAGUGCCUGGAAUUCCCAGAUUCCAACGGUGAACCACUGUGUCUGGUCAGUUCCUCGGUGGAGUCUGGUGCUGACCUACUCAAAGUGGAAUACUUCAAGGCUGACAGAAAUAGGCCAAACUUUGCCACUGUUCACAAGAAUACUGAGCAGAUGAUCAAUGUGACCUUUACCUCCCUGGAUCUACUGCUCCACACUGAGGCUCUCCUCUCCACCAUAGACUUCCUGUCUUCAGCUCUGUCCUCAGUCAGCCUGCCCCCCUCACCAGAGGAGCCUAAACAGAAGUCUGAGGAGAGCAGCAGGCCGGUCUCCACCAAGUCAACGGCUCUAGGUUCUCCAUCAGACAGUGACGUCAUCGACCUGAAGGUAAUGAUGCAGCUGGGGGCGUUCAACGUCCUAGUGUGUGAUCGGAGCUGCAACAUGGCCGACAUUAAGAUACAAGGUUUCAAUGGAUGCCUCCUGAUGCAAGGGCCCCAAACCCACAUCUCUACCCGCCUUCGGGAUUUCAUCGUUAUUAAUGUUGAUCCAAAAAGUAUUCACAAAAAGGCCAUCUCUAUCGUAGGAGAUGAGGUGUUUAGUUUCACUAUGAGUCUGACCCCCAAGGCCACCGAGGGAGACGGCUACACAGACACCUCCAAAACAGAUGGGAAGGUCAAGCUCAACGUGGGCUGCAUCCAAGUCGUCUACCUCCACAAGUUUGUCAUGUCUUUGCUGCAUUUCAGCAACAACUUCCAGACAGCCAAAGAGGCGCUUAGUGUGGCCACGGCCCAGGCAGCAGAGAAGGCAGCCUCCAGCAUCAGGGACUUUGCCCAGAAGAGCUUCCGUCUCUCCAUGGACAUCAAGCUGAAGGCCCCACUCAUCAUCAUCCCUCAGUCCUCCACCUCCCACAAUGCACUGGAGGUGGACCUGGGGCUCAUCACCGUGGGCAACAGUUUCUCUCUACUUGCUGUGGAGGGAUGUCCCCUUCCUGCUGUCAUUGACCACAUGGACGUACAGCUCACACAGCUCAAACUGUCCAGGAUUUCCAUGGAAACAGACUCUCAGCCCAGUACCGAGCUGCUGGAGCCGGUCAACCUGGUCCUAAAAGUGAAGAGGAACCUGGCUGCAGCAUGGUACCACAAGAUGGCUGCCGUAGAGGUUGAUGGAGACCUCAAGCCCAUGAAGGUUGCCCUGAGUCAGGAUGACCUAACGGUCCUGUUGAGGAUCCUGAUGGAGAACUUCGGAGAAGCCAGCAGUCUGCAGCCAGACCAACACACCAGCCCCGACACAGCAGCCCUGAAACACAGGACUGCACUGAUGCUCAAAACAGACUACCCCAAAGAUGAGAACAUGGUCGAACUUCCAGAGCAAGAGGUAGAAGAGGAGCCCCUUGGAAACCAUGAAGUUUGUCUUCAACAUAGAGUCCCUGGGACUGGUUCUGUACAUGGUCUGCUGACGUUUCAAAGAGACUACAAGGCAGCAGCCGUGUCUCAACACCAGGAGGGGCUGUGUCUGGGGGAGUUUACCUUGCACCUGAUAAAGGCUUCAGGGAAAAUGUUUAAUAACGGGGCCAUGGAGGCCUCAGCCAUCCUCACAGCCUGCACCCUGGACGACAUGAGGACAGGCAUACAGAGAGUCACCUCACGGAUGCUGGGUAAGCGUGGCGAGGAGAGUGAGGAAGCCAUGAUAGACGUGACGUACGCUCAGAGUGCCAGUGAGCGCCAGGUGGUGGCGGUGUUCCAGAAGCUCUAUCUGUGUGCCAGCGUGGAGUUCCUGAUGGCGGUGGCAGACUUCUUCAUCCAGGCCCUGCCCCAGAGCCCUGCCCAGGCCGUGCCCACUAACACCAUGCCGGACCUGGCCAAGACCUCCCAGCUACCCCUCAAACAGCUGGCUGAGCUUCGGGAUAGAACCAACACUGACCCCAGAACAGGCUCCAGUCCCAGGACCAAGCUGCGUUUAGUCAUAGUAGAUCCAGAGGUGGUGUUUGUGGCUAACCUGAUGAGAGCCGACGCUCCGGCCCUGGUGGCCUCAUUCCAGUGUGACUUCAGUCUGAUGCUAGAGCCCGGGGGAGGGCCCGGGGCCCCUGGGGGACAAAGCAUGACGGCCAACCUCAGAGAGCUCAAAGUUCUGGCCUGCCCCUUCAUCAGGACCGAGGAGAACCAGGCUGUCACCACGGUGCUACGGCCGUGUUCUGUCGUCCUGGAAACCAAAACCCACCCCAACCAACCCCUUACCGGCUGUGUGACUGUGGAAGAAGUCAUUGUCAAAAUCUCCCCUGUCAUCCUGAACACAGUGUAGACCAUCACAGCAGCCAUGACAGCUAAACCUAUAGACGAGGCAGGAGAGGAGGAGAAGAUAGAGGCCAGCAGCCUGUGGCCCGCCAUGAACAUCUACGCCUGCAACUACUGGUUCCUGGGAGUGGACACGGCCAGCGAGGUGACGGAGAGUUUCAGUGACCAGGACGGCCGUAACGUUGGGGAGAGUUUCAAGGUGGAUGUGAAGGUAAUUCAGGUGACCAUGGAGUCUGGUCUGGGCCACAGGACGGUCCCCCUGCUGCUGGCUGAGAGCUCCCUGUCUGGGACGGCCAACAACUGGUCCUCCCUCCUCUACCUCUGCGCUGACAUGACCCUGGAGGUGAACUACUUCAAUGAGACCCAUGCUGUCUGGGAACCGCUGAUAGAGAGAGUGGAGGACGGCAAACGCAGGUGGAACCUCAAGCUAGAGAUGAAGAACAACCCUGUGCAGGAUAAGAGCCCUGUCCCUGGGGAUGACUUCGUGGUGCUCCCUGAGCCGCGCACCGCCAUCAACAUCUGUUCCAAAGACACCAUGAAUAUUACCAUCUCCAAGUGCUGCCUCACUGUAUUCAACAACCUAGCCAAGGCAUUCUCUGAGGGCACAGCCUCUACCUUUGACCACAGUCUGAAGGAGAAGGCCCCCUUCACCAUCCGUAACGCGCUGGGCGUCCCCCUCACCGUGCAGCACAGUGCCAACCUGCGGGUGGUGGCCUCGCCUGGGCAGGGCAAGCUCCACGAGGUGGGGGUAGGGCAGAGCGUGGACCUGGAGCACUCCGUGUUCGGGACCUCGACACGGGGCAAACUGUCUGCCUUGCAGCGCCAGGAGAGCUGCCUCUUCAACCUCAGCAUCGUUCCUACAGGUUACAGUGGGAUCUCCAACAUGGCGGUGGACAAGCCUGGCAGGAGGCUGUAUAACGUGAGAGAUCCCAUGCUGCAGGAGGACGUGUCGGUGUUGCUGCAGGUAGACGCCUCAGAAGGAAACAAGGUCAUCACCGUCCGCUCUCCCCUACAGAUCCAGAACCAUUUCUCAGUGCCGUUUGCCAUCCUGAAGUAUUGCCCCACAUCCAGAGGUCUGGUUAACAUAGGAUUGGCAGAGCCUGAGAAAGAGUCUCAUGUAGCCCUGGAUUCAUACAGGUGUCAGCUCUUCCUCCAGCCAGCCGGGCGCCUGGAGGGCCAGUACGGGCCCUCGUCUACCUGUAUCGCCUGGAAGGAGCAGGUCCACCUGAGCUCUGAGGUGCGGUCCCUUCUCCAGUGUCCGUCGGCGGACAGCAGCUUCCUGCCCCUCCAGGUGACCACCUUGGCCACGCCCGAUCGCCUGGCCUUCAUUUCCUCCCAGCGAGAGGACGACUGGGACCCUGCCUAUGUGAUUCACCUCCACCCCGCUGUGACCCUCCGGAACCUUCUGCCUUACAGCUUCAGAUAUCUACUGGAGGGCUCGGCCGAGUUCCAUGAGCUCCGGGAGGGCAGCACGGCGGACAUCCUGAACGCCCGUAUAGGAGGUGAGAUCAUGGAGGUGGUCCUGGUCAAAUACCAGGGUCGGAACUGGUCCAGCCGUAUCCGCAUCGCCCAGGACAUGCAGGAGUUUUUCCCUGUGUGCUUCACCUGCGACUCGGACGAGAAGCUGACUGUGGACCUGAGCGUGCACGUGACGCGGCCGCACGGACGUUUGACGCUGGCGGUGUUCAGCCCGUACUGGAUCAUCAAUAAGACGUCCAGGGUUCUGCAGUACCGCGCAGAGGACGUCUCCGUCAAACACGCCUCGGACUUCAGGGACGUAAUCCUCUUCUCCUUCAAGAAGAAGAACAUCUUCAGCAAGAACAAGCUGCAGCUCUGUGUGUCCACCAGUUCCUGGUCUGAUGGAUUCUCAUUGGACACGGUGGGGAGCUAUGGGUGUGUCAGAUGCCCUGCCAACACCAUGGACUAUCUGGUUGGCGUCAGCAUCCAGAUGAGUAGUUUCAACGUGACCAAGAUCGUGACCAUGAGUCCGUUCUUCACGCUGGUCAACAAGUCUUCCUACGAGCUGGAGGUGGGAGAGGUUCAGACAGAGGAGGGCAGCGUCAACGGGAAGUGGCACUACAUCUCCUCUUCGGAGUGCAUCCCCCUCUGGCCAGAGUUGAUCACAGGGAAGCUGUGUGUUCGGGUGGUGGGUUCGGACUCCAACUCCAAGUCCUUCUUCUUCAACAAACAGGACAACGGCACCCUGCUUGGCAUGGGCCAGUAUGGAGGUGUGGUAGUGGACGUGAACAUCUCAGACAACUCUACUGUGAUCAGCUUCACUGACUAUUAUGAUGGAGCUGCUCCAGCCCUCGUAGUCAACCAUACACCCUGGGUUACCAUCACCUACAGACAGAGUGGUUCUACAGAGAGCAGAGUCCUGAAGCCAGGACAAGCCCAGAGGUUUGCCUGGGACAACCCUGCAGGGGUCCGCAAACUCAGCUGGAACUGCCUGGAGCACAGCAGUGGAGAACUGGACCUGGUUAAGGAUGAGUGUGGUCAGUUUGCGUACGACGGUCUGUCCCAGGUCCACUGGGUGUCCUUCCUGGACGGUCGCCAGCGCGUGCUGCUCUUCACCGAGGACGUUGCCGUGGUGACCAAGGCGCGGCAGGCGGAGGAGCUGGAGCAGUUCCAACAGGAAGUGAACGUGUCGCUGCAGAACCUUGGCCUGUCACUCAUCAACAACGACAACCGCCAGGAGAUCGCCUACGUCGGCAUCACCAGCUCUGGUGUGGUGUGGGAGAUGAGGCCUAAGAACCGCUGGAAGUCUUUCAACCAGAGGAACAUCAGGCUGUUGGAGAAGGCCUACCAGAAACACCUGUCUGGAGGCACACCUGAGCCUGGCUGGGUCAAACUGGAGACCAACUUAGAGGUGAACUUCGGGAAGGUUCCCAUGGUGAUGCGUCAGCCCUUUUCCUCUAAUAUCAGGAGGAACUUCCUGUCUGGGAUUCAGGUGGAGUUUAAACAGUCGCCUCAUCAGAGAAGUCUCCGGGCCCAGCUACACUGGCUACAGGUGGACAACCAGCUGACUGGAGCGAUGUUUCCCAUUGUGUUCCACCCGGUUCCUCCUCCAAAGUCCAUCGCUCUGGACUCAGAACCAAAACCUUUUAUGGACGUCAGCAUCAUCACCAGGUUUAACGAACAUAGUCAGGUCAUGCAGUUCAAGUACUUCAUGGCUCUGGUCCAGGAGAUGGCUGUGAAGAUUGACCAGGGAUUCCUGGGGGCCAUCUUGGCCCUGUUCACCCCAGCUACUGAAACACAUGUGGACAAACAGAAGACCAAGCUGAUAGAGAAGGACUUGGAGAUGUUACAGGCUGAACUGAUGGAGGCGUCCAUGACAGACAACUCAGGCCUCAGCUUCUUUGAACACUUCCACAUCUCCCCCAUCAAACUACACCUGAGUCUGUCUCUGGGCUCCAGCGGUGAUGAUCAGCAGGAGAUGGUGGCCAUCCAGUCAGUCAAUCUUCUGUUGAAGAGUCUUGGAGCUACACUCACCGACGUAGACGACCUCAUCUUCAAACUUGCCUACUUUGAGAUGAGCUAUCAGUUCUAUAGGAGAGAGAAGCUGAUGUGGACUGUGGUCCGACAUUACAGUGAACAGUUCCUGAAACAGAUGUAUGUGUUGGUGCUGGGUCUGGAUGUCUUGGGGAACCCAUUCGGCCUGAUCAGAGGCCUGUCUGAAGGAGUGGAGGCCUUCUUCUACGAGCCCUUCCAGGGAGCGGUUCAGGGUCCUGAGGAGUUCGCUGAGGGCUUUGUGAUCGGAGUACGCAGUCUACUGGGGCACACUGUCGGUGGCGCUGCAGGCAUGGUGUCUCGUAUCACGGGGUCAGUGGGUAAAGGACUGGCUGCCAUCACCAUGGAUAAAGAGUACCAGCAAAAAAGACGAGAGGAAAUGAACAGACCUCCCAAAGACUUUGGAGAGAGUCUGGCCAAGGGAGGCAUGGGAUUCUUCAAGGGGGUCGUUGGUGGGGUAACGGGCAUCGUUACCAAACCUGUAGAGGGGGCCAAGAAGGAGGGAGCGGCAGGGUUCUUCAGGGCAUAGGGGAAGGGUCUAGUGGGCGUGGUGGCCAGGCCGACAGGGGGCAUCGUAGACAUGGCCUCCAGCACCUUCCAUGGAAUACAAAGGUUGGUAGACAAUACAGGACACUACAGAUGUUAG